CGACGGUGGGAGGGACAACAAAAAGUUGCAAGUAAAAAAAUCCCAAUACACAUCGAGUUGUUACAUUCCAUAAAACUCAUCUGGAUACUGUGGGAAUAGCUAUGCCACAAGAACGAGAUCCGUUUCCAUUCCCGCGAAAUGAAAACGACGAAACAUACACAGGGACGAAGGCAAUUCAGAAAUUGCCGUAUGACAAGCCAACACAUCUCGCACAAAAUGAUGAACCCUGGAGGAGACUCCACAACACGAACACACAGGCCAGUUCUCAUCGAAAUGUCUUUCAUAAUGAUGCUUCAGCACCAAACGACAGUCUGGACAUUCAUCUAAAAUCGGCCUACGACCAUCACCUAGGAUUAUUUCAAAACAAAAGUCAAACUGUGACGCAGAAAGAAACUCUUGCAUUGGAUAAUGCGACCCUGAAAAAAAGAGAAUCGGAAGACUCCGUGUAUGAGAACAACAAAGGAAUAAGAGUGUGGGUCGACAUCCAGAAGGCUUCUAUAUACAGUAUUAAAGGGUCCAUAGAGUCUCAUCACACCGCUUCUACAAACCGAGGAUACUCACGUAAGCAUGAUGGCGGCUUUUAUUCUACUUGACACAAUACAAAGAUGACAACCUGUUUUCCAGAUGGUUAUGUAAUGAAACGCCACAAACAAUAUACCAAGGAUGGAAAAAUAAAAGAAAUGAAGACAUGUUGGUGUAGUCUCUUCUUAAAAUGGGUACAUAGUUUAGAGUGCAGCUCCGUGAGGCUCACUGAUUGUUAUUGUGAGAUCAGAAUCGCCAUUAUACUCAAUGAACAAACAGGGCGUAUUGGAACAAGAUCCAGCACCCUGCUUGCUCUAGUAUAUCUGAUCGAAUCAUCAUUUCUUACCACAGUUUCAACUGUGGUGCCCUCAGUGAAAAAGCCUCACGAUCAUCGCUACAGAAGCUCCCGAGUCGGUUACUAUCAUUUCUGUACCCGAGCAGGGCAACAACUCGGAUAAGAUCAAAUAAGAUCAUGGUGUAGAUUAUUUAAAACAAAAAAAA